ACCCCUUCUUCCCUCUCCUCCCCCAUCCUCUCCCUCCCCCCUCCCUGCUCUGGACCCCCCACCCCUCGGUCAGCGAGCCGAGCGGGGGGGUCAGGGCGCCAUGGUAACCCAUAGCAGGCACGACCCCCCAGCCAUGAGCAGCGUUACCCACCCAGAGGCCAGAGGUCAGGAGUCAGACGUGCCCUCCCUACGCUACAAACCCUUCAGCUCGCGCGGACACUACCAACAGGUGCUGUGUGCGGUGCGUAAGUUACAGGAGAGUGGGUUCUACUGGGGUGCGGUGGGGGGUCGUGAGGCCAGUGCUCUGCUCCGCUCCCAGCCCCCCGGGACCUUCCUGGUCCGAGACUCCUCUGACCACCACUACUUCUUCACACUGUCGGUCCAGACGUCCCGCGGGACCAAGAACCUCCGGAUCCACAGCCAGGGGGGAAGCUUUUACCUGCAGCCCGACCCCUGCUGCACGCACACGCCCCCACGUUUUGACUGUGUGCUCAAACUGAUUGGACACUACAUGGGGAAGGAGGGAGGUGGUGGAGGAGGAGGAGGAGAAGCAGGAGGAGGAGGAGAGGGGGAGGCCGUGGCAGGGGUAAGGACGGGGGGAGGCAUGGCUGCGGCUGCGGGGGAGACUGUGGGGACGGGGAGUUUGUAUCUGAUCCACUCAGGGGGAGAGAAGGUUCCGUUGGAGUUGAGUCGACCCCUCCCCUCCUCCCUGUCCUCCCUCCAGCACCUGUGUAGAAGGACCCUGAACGGACACCCGGGGGGCCCGGACCCCCCCAACACACACCAGCUCCCUCACACACUCAGAGACUUCUUGGCGGAGUACGAUGCUCCCAUCUAACACACACACAGUUCAGUUUGGGGGUUUCCCCGUCUUAACAGUUGAGGAUAGGAUUUGGAGAGGGUAAGCUGAUCCUAGAUCGAUGCCACUGUUUUCCUAUCAAGUGGAGCCUCAUAUAGGUAACCAUGGAUACUCCUCUCCUGGAGAGACUGUCAAUGGGAGUCAGGAAAACGCUGGGGGUCAAAGGUUGUUGCCCUGUCAGACAGUGAGUCAUUCUCCCAGCAGAAGCUGUGAUUGGGUAGUCAAAAAUAUUAAAAUGAAAGGUUGAUAAUGCAGACAGUGAACGUGCACACACACACACUUUAGCAGUGGCUUUAGGAGUGUUGUCAGAAGGUUGCCUGUGGGUUUGCUGUGCUGCUGUGGCUGAGGAACAGCUCUCUCUAUUGAUCAGCAGAAGCUUUCCUCUCCUCCUCUUUCUCCUGUCUGACAUGUAAAAUGGGCUCACUGGACUGAGAGAGGGAGGGGGAGAGAGAGAGAGAGAGGGGAGAAUGGCAGUGAAUGUCAAACGAGGGGCCCAUAGCAGAGUGAAUGUGUUUGUGUGCAUGGUGUCGUACACAUUUCCACAGCUGCAUGCCAACUAGCAUAGCCUCAUAGGAAGGUGUGAGGGAUCAUGGCUGACAACAGCCACUAGCCUCAUACACAAAGACACACACACACACACAUAGGCUGAAGACAGCCACUAGCCUCACACACAUAGACAGAAACACACAUACACACACAGGCAUACAGUUGAAGUGGCGGCAGGUAGCUUAGUGGGUAAGAGU